CGCUUUGGUUAGUCGGGUCCCUGUUCGAGUGAGAUCUGAGAUCUAAGACGCGACCAUCAUACAACAAGCGCAAGGAUGGUCUCUGCAGAUUUCGCUGAUCGUCCCCAGAAAAAGCUGGUUCUUUUCGACGUCGAUGGCCCACUCACACUCCCAAGACAACAGGCCACUACAGAGAUGGUCGACUUCCUUCGCAAACUGAAGGAUCAAGUCGCCAUUGGCUUCGUUGGCGGCUCCGAUCUCGUCAAGAUCACUGAACAAUUAUCUGUCAACGGGAUUAAUGCCCUAGAAUUUUUUGACUUUGGGUUCGCAGAAAACGGGUUGAUUGCGUACAGGCUAGGCAAGAAGCAAGCCUCUCAGUCGUUCAUUAAUUACAUUGGCGAGGAGAGAUAUAAGAAGCUAGUUAACUUCAUCCUCCACUACCUUGCGGACUUGGAUAUCCCUAUCAAGCGAGGAACGUUUGUUGAAUUCCGCAAUGGGAUGAUCAAUGUGAGCCCUAUAGGCCGCAAUGCAACCGUGAAUGAACGCAACGAAUUCGAGGCUUAUGACAAGAUUCACCAAAUACGAGCCGCUUUCGUUGAUGUCUUACGAGAGAAGUUCGCGGAUUAUGGACUAACAUAUUCAAUCGGUGGCCAAAUAUCUUUUGACGUGUUUCCGAGUGGUUGGGAUAAGACAUACUGCCUUCGUUUCGUAGAGCAAGAAGGGUUUGACGAGAUUCAUUUCUUUGGGGACAAAACCUACAAGGGGGGCAAUGACUAUGAGAUCUUCACUGACCCUCGCACCAUCGGACACAGCGUUAAAAACUCAGCGGACACCAUGCGAAUUUGCACCGAACUGUUCCUCUCUUCCUGAAAGUGCAGUCUGCAUGAAGCAAUUCCUCCGGGGGUUAAUGUUCAUUCGUUCAUGACGGUUUUAGACAACGGUUUCCAUGACUCAAUACUUCUGGUUUAGAAGGUGGAAUUGGUAUACCGAAGAACGAGCCUGUUUGAUUGGGUGGCUGCUAAACAUAUGUAUCUGUAGACCGAUGGCAGUCUCGUACAUAGACGAUCCACAAAUAUUCACUUCAUUGGAUUGAUUCA